AUGGAAAUUAUCAAUGAUGAUCGUGCAAAAUACAAUCGUUCUCAAAUACAAAAAUACAACAAUGCCAAACUGAAACAAAAGCGAUAUAAAAUCGAGCAAAGAACAACAUCAAAUGGCAGUCGGAUGAAAAAUUCGUUGAUUAAUUUACGUACUGAUAAAACUUCAAAUUCAUUCGAUGAAGCUGACGAUGAUAGUAACCAAACAAAAGUCGAAAUUUUGUUAUUUUAUUCAGUUCCCACAUCAUUUAAAAACUCGAUCAAUAUUUUCCCGUCUCGGAAAGAAUCAUACUAUCCCUUCGAAAUAUUAUUAUUCGUUGCUGCAUGUGAAGGAAAUAACCAAUUGAUUGACAUAUGUUUGAACGAAUUAUGUGAUAUUGAUAUUAAUAUACAAUUAAAUGAACAUUUACGUAAUCUAAUACAAAAUAAUCUAUUGCAAACUUGUUCACCAGAUCAAUAUGGCGGAACACCUCUAUGGUUUGCAUGUUAUUAUGGUCAUUUAAAUAUAGUUCAUAAAUUAAUAAAAUAUGGUAAUGCAGAUGUUGAUCUUCCUAAUGAUAAAUAUCAAUCACCUCUUCAUGCAGCUAUUUUUCAAAAACAUUACGAUAUUAUUAGAUAUUUAGUUGAACAAGCCAAUGCGUUUAUAGAUGAAACUCGACAUCUGUUUCUUGCUCUUCAAACAAGAAGUUAUGGUAUUAUUGAUUAUUUAUUAAUUCAAGGAUGUGAUCCAAAUACUCGUUUAAUUGAUGAAUCAACAGAUUCGACUUAUUUUGCAUUACAUUAUGCUAUUUGUCAGAUCCCUUCCGAUAUAUCGAUUGUUCAAACUAUCUNUAUUAGAUAUUUAGUUGAACAAGCCAAUGCGUUUAUAGAUGAAACUCGACAUCUGUUUCUUGCUCUUCAAACAAGAAGUUAUGGUAUUAUUGAUUAUUUGUUAAUUCAAGGAUGUGAUCCAAAUACUCGUUUAAUUGAUGAAUCAACAGAUUCGACUUAUUUUGCAUUACAUUAUGCUAUUUGUCAGAUCCCUUCCGAUAUAUCGAUUGUUCAAACUAUCUUUCGUUAUAAUGCCGACCUAACAAUUGUAAAUGAAGAUAAUGAAACUGCUUUACAUGUAGCUGUUCGAUGUGAAAAUGAAAAAAGUGUUCGAGAAAUUCUACAUCGUAAAUUUCAACACAAUCAAAGAAACAAACAAAAUCUUACUCCAUUAAUGCUGGCAUUAGAAAAUAAGAAUAAAAAUAUCAUUGAUCUCUUUUAUAAAUUCUAUUCUCGACAAAAUUAUAUUGAUGAAUUAAUGUUAUUAGCUUGUCAUUGGGCAUUUUAUGAACGAUUUGAUAUUUUCGGAAAUGGAUUUAUCGCAUUUCAAUAUUUUGAACAAGCAUUACAAUUGCAAGAAUUAAAUAUUAAUAUUGCACCGUCAUAUGAUUUUUAUCUUUUUCGAAAUGAAUGUCGAACAAUUGAUGAAUUAAAAAUGAUCCGAAAUAAUUCUCCAUUAAUGUAUAUUCAAGGUUUCUUAGUUGGUGAACGAUUACUUCGACAACGUAAUGAAAUGCAUCUUCUUAUUCCAGAAUUUUUCAAACUUUAUGAUAUUUAUCAUGAUUCUAAAGAAUAUGAUUAUUGUUUGUCGUUAUUAAUAUAUAUUUAUCCAUUGACUUUAUUAUCUAAAGGGAUUUCAUUUACUUAUUGGAAUAUAACAUGUUUACAACUGAUAGUUGAUUUAUUAGGUAUACUUAUUACGCAAGAUAAUAUAAAAUAUAUAGAUAAGAUCAUGCAAACAUUCCAAUGGAUUUUUGAUUACUCAGGACGGUCUUGGUACGCAAGUCGUUCAUGUUUGUAUGUUACCUAUUUAUUGGCAAAUGAUCAAAUUACUAUAGAAAAUAAAUAUCAAUUAGGUCAAUGGAUAAAACAAGCUGUGCAACGAAAGUUUGGAUAUGAAUUGGAAAAUAUCUUUGUAUAUGUUCUGAAACGAUGUCUGGAUGAGAUUGAUGAUCCGUUUUUUCAGCAAGUGUCUCCUUUGAAUGUCAUUCGAUUAUUGAUUCAUUGUGGAGUAAAUGUUAAUACAUUUGCGUACAUAGACGAACGUUUAUAUGUGAAGGCAGACGAACGUUUAUAUGUGAAGGCAGGUUUAUUACAUCUUGUCGCAUCUAGGAAUGAUACUGAUCUUACUCAAUCUAUUAUCGAAUUGCUUAUUGCAUCUGGCACACAUACUGAUUGUCUGGAUGAUCAGCGACGUUUACCAGAACAAUGUGCAAAACAUACUAAAAUAAGACAAUUGUUACAUUCAAAACGAUCAAUGUCACUUAAAUGUCAAUGUACGCAUUUAAUUAUCUCACAAGAAAUUCAAUAUGAAUCAUAUUUAUCCGAAACUCUGAAGAAAUUUAUUCUUCUACAUCAAUUUUAA